AUGAAGAAAGAGGAGGAAGAGGAGGACGGAGCAGAGUCUGUAAUAUCCAGCUGUCUGUCUAUGAAGAGUGACUGGUCUAAUAAUCGUCCAAUAAACUUCAGUAAUGAACCUGGACCCUCAGACACAAAGGCUGUUUCUGUGGAGGAGCAGCUGUCCUGCUGUUCUUUGUGUCAGGACGUCCUGAAGGAUCCAGUCUCUACCAGCUGUGGAUACUGGUUCUGCAGACAGUGCAUCACCUCAUACUGGGACCAGUCUGCUUCGUCAGGAGACUCCUCCUGUCCCCAGUCAGAAAGUGGUCUGCAGGAGCUUUUAGAUGAACAUCAGAUCAGUCUGAGCAGCACAUGUGAAUGUGUGACUCAAGGAACUGAUGAAGCAGGAAGUGAAAUCCUCCUCAUCAGCAUCUUCACUGAGGUCCACAUCACAGAGGGACAGAGUGAAGAGGUUAAUACCCAACAUGAGGUGAGGCAGCUUGAAAUAGCUUCCAAGAUGGAGACCCUUCAUGACGCUCCAAUCAAGUGUCAGGACAUCUUUAAACCCUUACCUGACCAACAGAAGCACAUCAGAGUGGUUCUGAUGAACGGUGUCGCUGGCGUUGGAAAAACCUUCUCAGUGCUGAAGUUCACUCUGGACUGGGCACAGCGCUUCAACAACCAAGAUAUCAGUCUGCUGAUUCUGUUCUCGUUCAGGUCGCUGAACUUGAUCAAAGAUAAGCAGUACAGUCUGCUCAUGCUGAUCCAUGUUUUCUAUCCAACAUUACAGAAGCUCACAGCAGAGAAGCUCGCUGGCUGUAAAGUUCUGUUCAUCUUUGACGGCCUGGAUGAAAGCAGACUUUCACUGGAUUUCAACAACAGUGAGGUCGUGUCUGAUGUCACACAGAAGUCAUCAGUCAGCGUGCUGCUGACAAACCUCAUCAAGGGGAAGCUGCUUCCCUCGGCUCUCAUCUGGAUAACUUCCCGACCUGCAGCAGCCAAUCAGAUCCCUCCUUCAUGUGUGGACAGGGUAACAGAAGUACGAGGCUUCACUGACCCCCAGAAGGAGGAGUACUUCAGGAGGAGAUUCAGUGAUGAAGAGCAGUCCAGCACAAUCAUCUCACACAUCAAGACAUCCAGGAGCCUCCACAUCAUGUGUCUCAUCCCAGUCUUCUGCUGGAUCACUGCUACAGUUCUGGACCACAUGUCGACUCCAGACCAGAGAGGAGAGCUGCCCAAGACCCUGACUGACAUGUACUCACACUUCCUGCUGGUUCAGACAAAGAGGAAGAAGAACAAGUAUGAUGAGGGACAUGAGACGAGUCCACAGGAGCUGACGGAGGCUGACAGGAAGCUUCUUCUGAAGCUGGGGAGGCUGGCGUUUGAACAACUGGAGAAAGGAAACAUCAUGUUCUACCAAGAAGACCUGGAGCAGUGUGGUCUUGAUGUCACAGAGGCCUCGGUGUUAUCAGGAGUUUGUACAGAGAUCUUCAAAAGAGAGAGUGUGAUCUUCCAGAAACCAGUCUACAGCUUUGUUCAUCUGAGUGUUCAGGAGUUUCUGGCUGCAGUCUACAUGUACCACUGUUACACCAGCAGGAAGAGAAAGGUACUGAAGGACUUCCUGGGAGGAUACUACAGGUACUCAUCUCUGGAUGUACUGAAGGACUUUCUGGGAGAAGACUACAGUUACUCAUCUCUGGAUGUCUUCCUGAAGAGAGCCAUGGAGAAAUCUCUCAAAAGUAAAAAUGGCCACCUGGACCUGUUUGUCCGCUUCCUUCAUGGUCUCUCUCUGGGGUCCAACCAGAGUCUCUUAGGAGGCCUGCUGGGUCGGAAACCCUACAGUCCUAAAACCAUUCAGAGAGUCAUCAACAACCUGAAGAAGAUUAACAAGGAUAACCGUAUCUCUCCUGACAGAAGCAUCAACAUCUUCCACUGUCUGAUGGAGAUGAACGACCGCUCAGUACAUCAGGAGAUCCAACAGUUCCUGAAGUCAGAGAACAGAUCAGAGAAGGAACUCUCUGAGAUCCACUGCUCAGCUCUGGCCUACAUGCUGCAGAUGUCAGAGGAGGUUCUGGAUGAGCUGGACCUGAAGAAGUACAACACAUCAGAGGAGGGACGACGGAGACUGAUCCCAGCUGUGAGGAACUGCAGAAAGGCUCAACUUCGAAGCUGUAAACUCUCAGAGACUCACUGUGAAGUUGUGGCCUCAGCUCUGAAGUCCAACCCUCAUCUGACACAUCUGGACCUGAGUGGAAACAAACUGUCUGAUUCAUCAGUGAAGCAUCUGUCUGCUGGACUGGAGAGUCCAAACUGUAGACUGAAGACUCUGAAAUUGAAGGACUGCGGUUUGUCAAAGAUCAGCUGUGAUUAUCUGGCCUCAGCUCUGAAGAACAACCCCUCCCAUCUGAGAGAGCUGAAUCUGGGCUACAACGACCUGGAGGAUUCAGGAGUGAAGCAGCUGUGUGGUUUUGUGGAGAGUCCAGACUGCAAACUGGAGACUCUGAAAUUGAUGCACUGCAGUUUGUCAGAGAUCAGCUGUGAUUAUCUGGUUUCAGCUCUGAAGGACAACCCCUCCCAUCUGAGAGAGCUGAAUCUGAGCUGGAACGAGCUGCAGGAUUCAGGAGUGAAGCAGCUGUGUGGUUUUGUGGAGAGUCCAGACUGCAAACUGGAGACUCUGGAAUUGUGGCGCUGCAGGUUGUCAGAGAUCAGCUGUGAUUAUCUGGCCUCAGCUCUGAAGGACAACCCCUCCCAUCUGAGAGAUCUGCACCUGUGGGGAAACAACCUGAAGGAAUCAGACGUGAAGCAGCUGAUUGAUCUUCAGCAGAGUCCAGACUGCAGACUGGAGACUCUGGGAUGGAGGUGAUGAUCUCUGUCAGAGUGAGAGUGAACAUCCAAGAGUGUUGAGAGAGGAUCAGCUGGAUCCUGAUGAUCCAUCUGGAGUCUGGAUCUGGAUUUUGUCGUCUUCACUUAACCGACUCCAAAGUGAACAGUUAUCUCUGGAUUUAGCUGAAGUCAGCACUUUACAGAUUUGUUCUACAUGAGCUGUUUGAUGUAAAUAAAGAUAAAAACAGGUGUUAUAAGUCAGACUGUGAGCCUGGGCUCAUAUUUAUCAA